UACGAGAGUAUCGAAUCUGCCUCUGCUUUCUUUCAAUUUCAACAGAACCCAUCACACACACACAGACCCCAUCAACCAAAAACAAAGAACAAUGAUUCUGAGAUUUGCAGCAGCUGCAGCUUCUGCUUCUGCUUCUGUCUCACGCAUAUCAAAACCCCAUAACCCACCAUUCCUUUCACUUCCACACCCCAACACUCUCAAAUUCCAUAACCAACCUUCUCAUAAUCCACGCAACAACGUUCUUCUGCCACUUCCCUCACGGUCUCAACGCUGCUACAUUCGAGCCAUAAGUGACGCAACUGUGGAACCUGAAAUUUCUAAGAAAGAACAAAACGAGUCACCUAAAGAUUGGAAGAUUAAAAUGCUCUAUGACGGAGAUUGCCCCCUCUGCAUGCGCGAGGUGAAUAUGCUAAGAGAGAGGAAUAAGAGUUACGGCACAAUCAAGUUCGUUGAUAUAGGUUCUGAUGAUUACUCUCCCGAGGAGAAUCAAGGCCUUGACUACGAAACUGUUAUGGGAAGAAUUCAUGCUAUUCUCUCAGAUGGAUCUGUGGUUACAGAUGUUGAAGCAUUUAGGAGAUUAUACGAACAUGUUGGUCUUGGUUGGGUUUAUGCCAUUACAAAAUAUGAACCAAUUGCAAAAAUUGCUGAUUCCAUAUAUGGUGUUUGGGCUAAAUACCGUCUUCAAAUUACAGGACGGCCUCCUAUAGAAGAAAUAUUGGAAACUCGAAAGAAGAAGGGUGAAGUAUGCAAAGACAGCAAUGCUUGCAAGAUGUAAAUUUCCUUAAUAUCUGACUCCAAAAGGCUCGUUAUGAGAUUUGUUUCCAUAUUUGAUCCCCAUCCUUUGAAGCAGGUCUUUUAUGGUCUCAUUUACAAAAAGAAUCCAACAUAGAUUAGUGUCACAUUUUACGUCUUUGUCCGUAAUAGCAUAUGCAUUUGAUUACCGUUUUCCAAUUUUGCUGCAAUGCAUCUGGCAUAAAAAUGUGUGUAAAUAAAAUAUAUUUGUAUUUAACCCUGUAGUCUCCAUGAAGUCUUAGCUGACCCUUCAAGAUUGUACAAGUUACAUGACACCAGCAUCUGCUGAAUUACCAGCAUUUAUGCUUUGGUACUUAUCACAACUGAGAUGGCAGGGACAUAUUAAGAAGCUUAUUUUACAAAUACAUAUAUUUAAACAUACAAAUUCAUAUUUUGUGCA